AUGGAGUCAGAGAUUAAUAAUAUGUUCAAAAAAUUCGAAAAGACAUAUAAUAGAAAGUAUCGGGGCGUGGCAGAACAUAAAAAAGCGUUAAAGAAUUUUAAAAAUAAUUAUAAAAAAGUUGCGAAGCUUAAUAAAGGCAAGAUUAAAGAAUUUGAAGAUACGGGGAUACACAGUUAUCAUUUAAAUAGAUAUGCAGAUCAAGAUGCCAGAGAACUUCUCGAACAUUAUGGCGUUACUAUGUUACCUUAUUACUUGGUAAAGAAUGAGCAAGACUACUUACAUAAAUAUGAGGCAAAUAUGAAAAAACUCCCUAUUGAUAACAUGAUAACUCCUAAUAUGAAUUUGUAUAAUUUAGAUGAUACUGAAAGAAUAUAUGAAAAUUUUAAGAAACAAUAUAAUAGGAAAAAUUAUACCCAGCCAUAUGAAAAAGCAACACAUUAUCAAAGAUUUUACAAAACCCUUGUGGAACUUAAUAAUAAAAGAUUUAACGGAGAUGAUGAGGCAUAUAUAGAUAGUGAGGCUGAUGUAAUUAAAAAACCUCAUGAAUACUUUUUUGAAAAAAAAUAG